AACCAACAAGCCUUUGAGAAACUCUGCAUAGAAGACUGAUGUAGUAAGAAAUGUGCAUUUGGAAACAUUCUGGUAUUGGUGUGUAGAAGGGCAGAAUAUACUGGAGAUUGGAUAACUAUUGGCAGGCUGUUGUAGAGGUCCUGGCUUGCAGUGAAGAUGGCCAGAGUUAUAUCAUUGGUAAAAGGAGAAGAAAAGAGAGACAUAUAUUAGUAGCAAGGAGGCUUAGAGGACAUAUGUCCUGGCAACUGAUUUGAAUGUGUGAAGCAGGGAAUUUGAGAAAUUGGUGAUAAUUUCAAGAUUUCAAGGCUAAUUUAUAGUGGAAGCAUGGCUGUGCUUUAUUAAAUACAACGGAGUCAGCAGAAGUAGGUUUGUUAGGUAGGAUGACAGUUUGACUUUGGUUAUUGUAUUAUGGUAGGCUGCAGAAAAAAGGCACAAAAGUUUACUGCUUGGUCACACACCAUGUCCAAGACAGAUCAGUAGGAACGUUCUGCUUCACCAGGUCACUGAGGGACACAGCCUGAUUGGACGCCUCCUCAUCAGGAACUGCUGGAGCAGAGAAAGGAGAAAGACUGAAAAAUUUCACAUAGGCUCUUUACCUACUGUGCAGCCUGGAAGUGACACACAUCAUUUCUGCCAAUGUUUCAUUAGCCAGAAUUAGCCACGUGGCCGCAUCUGAAUGCAAGGUGGCUGAGAACUAUAAUCUCCUGUGUGCUCAGGAAGAAGAGCGCUUAUAAUGUCUACUACCAGUACAUUGGAUCUGAAAACAAAGCUCGUAAAGAAUUAUCCCAGGUUGUACCAACAAGCAUCUCUUCGAGGUGGCUUCUGUGCCCUUUGACAUUACCUCAGCACUUCACUAGCUUCAUUGCUUUCUGGUUUCUGUGAAUCAGCAGUGCCCCAGAAAGUGUUUCCCUUCCUGAGACUCUGGGGAAGUCUUGGAACGCGAAGAACUUGGAGAGGGAGCCUGGCCAAACAGAGAUUUUCGAGCCUUGGUAGGCUUGCUGAAGCAGAUUUUUAGCACAAACACAAAUCAAAGUCUGUGUGUUCUUAAAAGCAGCAUUUUCAUGAUAGAACUAAGAAAUAUCAAGAUUUAAAACAUAAAUACCUUGGAACGCUCAGGAGAGCAACAUGGGAGACACUGAGGAAAGAACUGAGACUCAUAAAAUAAGAUGUCUUUCCAAGUUGAAGAUGUUUCUGUUGGCAAUAACAUGUGCAUAUGUAGCCAAAACACUAUCUGGAUCUUAUAUGAAUUCCAUGCUCACACAAAUAGAGAGACAAUUCAACAUCCCAACAUCUGUGGUUGGAUUUAUUAAUGGGAGCUUUGAGAUUGGAAAUCUUUUGUUGAUUGUAUUUGUGAGUUAUUUUGGAACCAAACUGCAUAGACCUAUAAUGAUUGGUGUUGGAUGUGUGGUUAUGAGCCUAGGGUGUUUCUUACAAUCACUACCUCAUUUCUUCAUGGACCGAUAUGAAUAUGAAUCUACAGUUUCAGUUUCAGGCAAUUUGUCCUCAAACAGUUUCUUGUGUAUGGAAAAUGGAACCCAGAUUUUCAGACCAACAGAGGAUCCAUCAGAAUGUGUGAAGGAAGUUAAAUCAUUAAUGUGGGUGUAUGUACUAGUAGGAAAUAUCAUACGUGGAAUUGGUGAAACUCCCAUCAUGCCUUUGGGUAUUUCCUACAUAGAAGAUUUUGCCAAAUCUGAAAACUCUCCUUUAUAUAUUGGGUUUAUAGAAACAGGAGCUAUCAUUGGUCCUCUGAUUGGACUUUUGUUAGCAUCAUUUUGUGCAAACGUUUAUGUUGACACUGGAUCUGUGAACACAGAGGACCUGACCAUAACUCCCACUGAUACGCGUUGGGUUGGUGCAUGGUGGUUUGGCUUUCUGGUUUGUGCAGGAGUGAAUCUGCUCACUGCCAUCCCUUUUUUCUUUUUGCCCAAAACGCCUCCAAAAGAAGGACUAACAAAUAAUGCUGAGAUCGUUAAAAACGACCAAGAAGAGAAACAAAAAGAAGUCAAGAAGGAAAAGGAUGGAAUCACUAAGGAUUUUUUACCCUUCUUGAAAAGUCUUUUAUGCAACCCAAUUUACAUGCUUUUCAUACUAAUAAGUGUGAUCCAGUUCAAUGCAUUUGUUAAUAUGAUCUCCUUCAUGCCGAAAUAUCUGGAACAACAAUAUGGAAAAUCAUCUUCGGAUGCAAUCUUUUUAAUUGGUAUUUAUAACUUACCUCCAAUAUGCAUUGGAUAUAUAGUUGGUGGUUUAAUUAUGAAGAAGUUCAAGAUUACUGUCAAACAAGCUGCCCACAUAGGAUGCUGGUUUUCUUUAAUUGAGUAUCUUCUCUAUUACUUGUGUUUUCUCAUGAUCUGUGAUAACUCUCCAGUUGCUGGCGUAACCACCUCUUAUGAAGGAACGCAUCAAGAUUUAUACGUGGAAAAUAUCCUUACUGGCUGCAACAUGAAUUGCAACUGUCCAACUAAAAUAUGGGACCCUGUGUGUGGAGAAAAUGGUUUGUCGUAUAUGUCGGCUUGUCUUGCUGGCUGUGAGACAUCUGUCGGAACAGGAAUAGACAUGGUGUUCCAAAAUUGUAGCUGCAUUGGGACAUCAGGAAAUUCAUCUGCAGUUCUUGGGCUGUGUGACAAAGGACAUGACUGUUCCCUGAUGCUCCAAUACUUUUUAAUCCUAUCCAUGACCAGUAGUUUCAUUUAUUCUUUAUCCGCCAUACCUGGAUAUAUGGUUCUCCUGAGGUGUAUCAAGCCUGAAGAGAAGUCUCUUGGUGUAGGAUUACAUACAUUUUGCACAAGAGUAUUUGCUGGGAUUCCUGCACCUAUAUAUUUUGGAGCUUUAGUGGACUCCACAUGUUUACAUUGGGGAACUUUGAAAUGUGGUGAGUCAGGGGCAUGCAGGAUAUAUGAUUCCACCAACUUCAGGUAUAUUUACCUUGGAUUGCCAGCAGCGCUAAGAGGCUCAAGCUAUAUUCCAGCCUUUUUGAUCUUGGCUAUUUUGAGGAAGCGUCGCCUACCUGGGGAAGAAGCCUCUUCAGGAACUGUGCUUGUAGAGGCGAAGGUUACGGGGAAGGAAAAUGAGUGCAAAGAUAGGCACCAAAAUUCCAAAGUUUCAAAUAAUGAUGAAUGGAAAACUAAACUGUAAGGCUCUAUUUUCUCAUGCUUCUCAGAGUUGGAGAACACACUACAACUUGUCUUUAAAAUCAAUAGAGGUACUACAGGUAACUUUUUUCUUGUCUUUAAGAACCUCAAACAGUUUUUCUACUCAAGAUAAAAAAAAGUUUCAGUGAUGGUAUUUCUGAGGCAUCAAUGAUCUCAAUGUCCCUUGAGAUCUGCCUCAGAGGGACAUUAUAACAACUCUCAAACCAGGAUAUUAAAGACAGCUUUAUUUUUAUGGGAAAACAGCCAUUUCUCUUUUAACUCAUGCUAAAUAAGGGUAUAUUUCCCACAUCUCCUUUUCCAAAUGAUUCCAAAACUUUUCUAUUAUGAAAAUCUAUUUAAUUCCAUUGAAUUUCUCCUUUGAUAUUGGGGUUAUUUAGAGACAAAAUUCUCAUCCUGCUUAUGUGAACAUUUAAGUAUUUUAUUCAAAUUUAUCACUUCCAGGUGAAAGAAGCCUACGUGUUCUAUUCUAUUUAGGAAUUGUUAUUUAACUCUUCCUAUUCAUUCCAGACAUGACUGUUUCAAAAUAGAUUGCUCAUUGAUAUGCCAUCACUUGCUCUCAGUUCUUUCCCUGCUUUAUUACUCAUGUCAUAUAUUUGCUCAUUUUGUUCAGAGUACUGACAAACUUAAUUAGGUUAUUAAAAAUCAUGUAGAAAAGA